GUUGAGCACGAAUUCUCGCCGCCUGAGCACAGCUCGGCAGCAAAUCUCACAACAAACCGCGGGGGAAAUGCGAGAGAUUUGACCCGGGUUAAGAAUAAGAUGGAGCUGGAGGCGGAGCGCGAAGGUUGGUCAGGCCCGGCCGAGCGUUCCCACUCGCCGUCCAUCCAAACCACAUGGCGUGCCUGCCUGAGCCCGAUCGAGAGCGCGUGCUGGAGAACGGAAGGAACUUGCUUCCCACGCCUUUUUGGCUUCCGUAUUUCCUAAUCCUAAUCUUUACCACGCACGCCAAACACCUUCCUUCCAUGAUCUAAACUUCCCUUUUCCUUCUCCCCCCAGCUCCUAUAUAUAUAUACUCACAUCCGCCACAAAAAGGAACUCAUUAUUCCAGCAUUUAGCAAGCACCAGAAGCAAAGCUCGAGACAGAGUACCAACAGGAAGAGGAGAAGCCACCAAAUCACAAUUCGUCAAUUAGCGAAUCAAAAGGAAUUAAAGAAGACGGCGAUGGCGGCGAGUAGUAAGCAAUGGACGCGGGUGCGGACGCUCGGCCGCGGCGCGUCCGGGGCCGAGGUGUUCCUCGCGGCGGACGACGCGUCCGGGGAGCUGUUCGCGGUCAAGUCCGCGUCUGCCGCGGCCAGGGGCGCGGCGGCGACUUUGAGGAGGGAGCAGGGAAUCAUGGCCGGCCUGCGCUCUCCCAAUGUCCUCUCCUGCAUCGGCGGCCGCGGCGGGCACGACGGGUCCUACCAGCUCUUCCUCGAGUUCGCCCCCGGCGGCUCGCUGGCGGACGGCGGCAGGCUCGAGGAGCGCGCCGUCCGGGCGUACGCGGCGGACGUGGCCACGGGGCUCGCGUACCUCCACGGGGUCGGGCUGGUCCACGGCGACGUCAAGCCGAGGAACGUCGUGAUCGGCAGCGACGGCCGCGCCAAGCUCGCGGACUUCGGGUGCUCGAGGAAGGCCGGUUCCUGCAUGCCGAUCCUCGGGGGCACGCCGGCGUUCAUGGCUCCCGAGGUGGCGCGCGGCGAGGAGCAGGGCCCAGCGGCUGACAUCUGGGCGCUGGGAUGCACGGUGGUCGAGAUGGCCACCGGGCGCGCCCCGUGGAACGGGACCGGCAUGGACGACGACGGCGUGCUCGCGGCGCUGCACAGGAUCGGCUACACGGAUGCCGUUCCCCAGGUGCCCCAAUGGCUGUCCGCCGACGCCAAGGACUUCCUUGCCAGGUGCCUUAUCAGGCGCCCGAGUGACCGGUGCACGGCCGCGCAGCUUCUCGAGCACCCGUUCUUGUCAGCCGCCGGCAAAGAGGCGAAGCGCGAGUGGGUGUCUCCGAAGAGCACGCUGGACGCCGCAUUCUGGGAGACGGACGCCGACGAGGAAGAAGAAGAGGAGGAGAUGCCAGUGUCAGGCAGCAGCACGGCCGAGAGGAUCAGGGCAUUGGUCUGCCCUGCAUCGUCUCUCCCGGAGGACUGGGACUCCGACGAGGGCUGGAUCGAUGUCCUGAUCUCUACACCGACGGAAGCAUCAGAGGCGGCGCCCAUGCCGACCUUGAUAGAGGCCGGCCUUGAUCAGAGCGAAGGAUCGAGCUCAGAGGCCGCCAGCCUUGGUCUCGACGCUACCGUCGACAGCAGCGAUGUAGGACAAUCAGAAAUUGUUUCGAUUGGCUACGAUAGGAUCUUCCCGUCUUUAGAAAAUUCAGUUUGCCACCAAGUUGUAUCUUGUAGAUUAUUGCUCUGUGAUGUUAACAAUUCAAUGAAUUUAGCUCUCGCCCAAAGUUUCAGGUUUCCUCUUCUUCAUUACGUUACGUACAAAAUCAGAAUUAAUGCAACGCAGCAGUAA